AUGAACGGGUCUCAGGCAGAGACUGUCCAGAGUGGUGGAGGUGGCAAUGGACCCACCUUGCUUGAUGACGUCUGGAGAGUGAGUGCUUCAACCAAUGGCAGUCUGAGACAGGCUGGACAUGGUGUUAAAGUACGCCUCCCAUUGGAUAAUAUGUUUCAUAAUACAUGUUCACGGCAGUUUCGGCUAGAACCUGAGACGUGUGAAUGUGUGAGAUGGAAGAAUGCUCCCUUCAACACAGGGAAGAAUGCUCCCUUCAACACAGAGAAGAAUGCUCCCUUCAACACAGGGAAGACUCCUCCCUUCAACACAGGGAAGAAUGCUCCCUUCAACACAGGGAAGAAUGUUCCCUUCAACACAGGGAAGUAUCCUCCCUUCAACACAGGGAAGAAUGCUCCCUUCAACACAGGGAAGAAUGCUCCCUUCAACACAGGGAAGACUCCUCCCUUCAACACAGGGAAGUAUCCUCCCUUCAACACAGGGAAGAAUGCUCCCUUCAACACAGGGAAGAAUGCUCCCUUCAACACAGGGAAGACUCCUCCCUUCAACACAGGGAAGAAUGCUCCCUUCAACACAGGGAAGAAUGCUCCCUUCAACACAGGGAAGAAUGCUCCCUUCAACACAGGGAAGACUCCUCCCUUCAACACAGGGAAGACUCCUCCCUUCAACACAGGGAAGACUCCUCCCUUCAACACAGGGAAGACUCCUCCCUUCAACACAGGGAAGACUCCUCCCUUCAACACAGGGAAGUAUCCUCCCUUCAACACAGGGAAGACUCCUCCCUUCAACACAGGGAAGAAUGCUCCCUUCAACACAGGGAAGAAUGUUCCCUUCAACACAGGGAAGUAUCCUCCCUUCAACACAGGGAAGAAUGCUCCCUUCAACACAGGGAAGAAUGCUCCCUUCAACACAGGGAAGACUCCUCCCUUCAACACAGGGAAGUAUCCUCCCUUCAACACAGGGAAGAAUGCUCCCUUCAACACAGGGAAGAAUGCUCCCUUCAACACAGGGAAGACUCCUCCCUUCAACACAGGGAAGAAUGCUCCCUUCAACACAGGGAAGAAUGCUCCCUUCAACACAGGGAAGAAUGCUCCCUUCAACACAGGGAAGACUCCUCCCUUCAACACAGGGAAGACUCCUCCCUUCAACACAGGGAAGACUCCUCCCUUCAACACAGGGAAGACUCCUCCCUUCAACACAGGGAAGACUCCUCCCUUCAACACAGGGAAGUAUCCUCCCUUCAACACAGGGAAGACUCCUCCCUUCAACACAGGGAAGUAUCCUCCCUUCAACACAGGGAAGACUCCUCCCUUCAACACAGGGAAGUAUCCUCCCUUCAACACAGGGAAGACUCCUCCCUUCAACACAGGGAAGUAUCCUCCCUUCAACACAGGGAAGAAUGCUCCCUUCAACACAGGGAAGAAUGCUCCCUUCAACACAGGGAAGACUCCUCCCUUCAACACAGGGAAGAAUGCUCCCUUCAACACAGGGAAGACUCCUCCCUUCAACACAGGGAAGAAUGCUCCCUUCAACACAGGGAAGAAUGCUCCCUUCAACACAGGGAAGAAUGCUCCCUUCAACACAGGGAAGACUCCUCCCUUCAACACAGGGAAGACUCCUCCCUUCAACACAGGGAAGACUCCUCCCUUCAACACAGGGAAGACUCCUCCCUUCAACACAGGGAAGACUCCUCCCUUCAACACAGGGAAGUAUCCUCCCUUCAACACAGGGAAGACUCCUCCCUUCAACACAGGGAAGUAUCCUCCCUUCAACACAGGGAAGACUCCUCCCUUCAACACAGGGAAGUAUCCUCCCUUCAACACAGGGAAGACUCCUCCCUUCAACACAGGGAAGUAUCCUCCCUUCAACACAGGGAAGAAUGCUCCCUUCAACACAGGGAAGAAUGCUCCCUUCAACACAGGGAAGACUCCUCCCUUCAACACAGGGAAGAAUGCUCCCUUCAACACAGGGAAGACUCCUCCCUUCAACACAGGGAAGAAUGCUCCCUUCAACACAGGGAAGAAUGCUCCGUUCAACACAGGGAAGAAUGCUCCCUUCAACACAGGGAAGAAUGCUCCCUUCAACACAGGGAAGAAUGCUCCCUUCAACACAGGGAAGAAUGCUCCCUUCAACACAGGGAAGACUCCUCCCUUCAACACAGGGAAGACUCCUCCCUUCAACACAGGGAAGACUCCUCCCUUCAACACAGGGAAGACUCCUCCCUUCAACACAGGGAAGACUCCUCCCUUCAACACAGGGAAGUAUCCUCCCUUCAACACAGGGAAGAAUGCUCCCUUCAACACAGGGAAGACUCCUCCCUUCAACAUAGGGAAGAAUGCUCCCUUCAACACAGGGAAGAAUGCUCCCUUCAACACAGGGAAGUAUCCUCCCUUCAACACAGGGAAGAAUGCUCCCUUCAACACAGGGAAGACUCCUCCCUUCAACACAGGGAAGAAUGCUCCCUUCAACACAGGGAAGAAUGCUCCCUUCAACACAGGGAAGAAUGCUCCCUUCAACACAGGGAAGACUCCUCCCUUCAACACAGGGAAGACUCCUCCCUUCAACACAGGGAAGACUCCUCCCUUCAACACAGGGAAGACUCCUCCCUUCAACACAGGGAAGACUCCUCCCUUCAACACAGGGAAGACUCCUCCCUUCAACACAGGGAAGACUCCUCCCUUCAACACAGGGAAGACUCCUCCCUUCAACACAGGGAAGACUCCUCCCUUCAACAUAGCAGUGUUGAAGGGAGGCUCUGUCCUUGCCCCGACACUUUGCAUCCUAUACAUCAGCGACAUCUCUGAGCCUAUUAAUCGCACUUCAUUAACUAUCUACUACGCUGAUAAAAUCACUUACUUUGUCGCCAGCUACUCCAUAGACACAUUAUCACGGAAAGCACAAGAAGAACUCGAUGCUGUAACAGAAUGGGAGUAUGACUGGACGCAUUAA